AAACGCCACGUACUGUUCUAGACACUAGUAAGUUUUGAUUCUAAUAAGAAAGCCACAUAGAGUAUUUACAGCUAUUAUACAAGACAGCACCCUCAAGGAGAAGAAUGCAGGGCAGUACUGAAAACUUAAGUAACUGCAAAGUCUAUAGUCCAGAGGUUUUUUUUGUAAAGCAUUUAUAUUGACACCCAGUUUAUGAACUAAAAACCUUAUAUAAAUCUGUAUUACUAAUCUAGAAAGGAAAGCGGCCUUUUGCCGUGGACUGUGUUCCACUUGGUCUGCCCCUGAUGCCUAAUAGCCAAUGAAACCGUUCUCAUUCCGAGGUUGUGGAGAUAAGCAACAGUGGAAAUGUAAUAACGACCUUAGAGUAUAAGUCAGUAGUUGGGACAGCCAAGGGUAUGGAUCCAAGACGAGGUCUCUCAGAACCCGAUAUCUUCCUAGGGAGCGGGUUUCUGCUGGCUGCAGAAGGGGCGGAGCACGUUUCUGGUGAUACGCUGGAGGCGGGGCCCGAGGCUUGGGAGCGGGUCUCCCGGGAGCUGUGGAGACAACCUGAGAAAACGCCCAGCGCGUGCGCAGGCGCAGUGGGCCGCGAGGAGGGAGGGAUCCAGCCGGCCGUCCUAAGGAGCGCUGACCGGCCAGCAGCUGUGGGCACGAUGAGACCCGAAGAGGAGCGGCCCGUGGAGGGGGGCGCCUGCGCCGGCGUCUCCCAGCUGGAGCUGUUGAAGCUGCGCGCCGCGGAUUGCAUCGACGAAGCGGCCGAGCGCCUGGGGGCUCUGAGCCGAGCGAUCUGGAGCAAGCCGGAGUUGGCCUACGAGGAGCACCAUGCCCACGGCGUGCUGACGCGCUUCUUUGAGAGCGAGCCCCCGGCCGGGUCGUGGGCCGUGCAGCCGCACUACCAGCUGGCCACGGCCUUCCGCGCCGAGUGGGGGCCGCCGCCGCGGGGGUUGGCGGCGUCGCGCCCGCUGCACCUGGGCUUCCUUUGCGAGUACGACGCGCUGCCCGGCAUCGGGCACGCCUGCGGCCAUAACCUAAUCGCCGAGGUCGGGGCGGCGGCUGCCCUGGGUGUGAAGGGGUGCCUGGAGGGCCUCCCCGGGCCGCCUCUGCCGGUGAAGGUAGUUGUCCUGGGAACUCCUGCGGAAGAAGAUGGUGGUGGCAAAAUUGAUUUAAUUGAAGCAGGGGCUUUUACAAAUCUUGAUGUUGUUUUUAUGGCGCAUCCAUCUCAAGAGAAUGCUGCUUAUCUACCAGAUGCAGCUGAGCAUGAUUUGAUUGUGAAAUACUAUGGAAAAGCAUCUCAUGCUGCUGCUUAUCCCUGGGAAGGACUAAACGCAUUGGAUGCAGCUGUUCUUGCCUACAACAAUCUGUCUGUGUUAAGACAACAGAUGAAACCAACCUGGAGAGUUCAUGGUAUAAUAAAAAAUGGUGGUGUAAAACCCAAUAUCAUUCCCUCUUAUUCUGAAUUAAUCUAUUACCUCCGUGCACCCUCAGUGAAAGAACUUCCAGUUUUGACCAAAAAGGCAGAAGAUUGCUUCAGAGCUGCAGCUUUGGCUACUGGGUGCACAGUAGAAAUUAAAGCUGGAGCACAUGAUUAUUAUAACGUUCUUCCCAAUAAGAGCCUGUGGAAGGCUUAUGUUGAAAACGGAAAAAAGCUGGGCAUAGACUUCAUUUCAGAAGAUGCAAUGUUCAAUGGCCCUUCAGGAUCUACCGACUUUGGAAAUGUUACUUUUGUGGUUCCUGGGAUUCAUCCAUAUUUUUACAUUGGAUCUCAAGCCUUGAAUCAUACAGAACAAUAUACUGAAGCUGCAGGGUCACAAGAAGCUCAGUUCUACACUUUGCGAACGGCUAAAGCGCUGGCAAUGACUGCAUUGGAUGUUAUUUUUAAACCAGAGUUGCUAGAAAAAAUCAGAGAGGACUUUAAAUUGAAACUUCGAGAAGAAGAGUUUUUAAAUACAGUAGAAUAAAAGGAAGGUUUAGGAGCCACUUAUGGAUCAUUAAGAAGUGUGAUUUUUUUCCUUAAUCUUUUUUAAUAAGGGAGGAGGAUGUGGUUUGUUUUUCAGUCUUAAAGGAGUCAUGUUUCUCUUACCUGAAAAGUGAGGGUGUGAUGUGGAGAAAACACGUCACCUCAUACUUAGAAUGAAAAUUUCACAAAUCUGUAUCUGAUGGAAUUAUAGUUUUUCAGAGCUGGUAUGUGAUAGCAUUUUGUAAAUAACCUGGAUGACACAUAGUUUAUCAGAGAUAAUAUUUUCUAAAUCCAUAUGUUGUGUGAAUAUACUUUAAAAGAUCCAAGACUAAAAAAAAAAAAAAAAAAUCCAAAGAAAUUUCAAACCUUAUAUUCAGAAUUGACACCUGAAUGAUUUUUUUGGUAGAGGGUGGUAAACUUGUGCUCUAAAGUUGUUCUAAAAUUCAAGCACUAAAUUUAGGGAAAGUUCAUUUGGAAUAUCUGACUAUACCUGCUUAGAUUUAGAAAAUUUCUUCUUUGGUAAUAAAGGUAGUGCUUUUAAUCAGGAAUGCUAUGCAGAAACAAUGAGAAACUCAGGUACAAAGAAUAAGCUUUGGUUUUUACCAUUUGAAGGAAAAUGAAAAAAAUUUUAUUCUCAAAUUUACUCUAAGAAGUGGCAUUAAAGUGCUCUUCCUCAUUCCAUAUUUCUGUAAUAGGAAAAAAGGUGGAUAGCGUUAGACCCUUCCUAUAAGCUGUUUGCUUAUUCAGGCUUCCCCUCAGAACCAGACCAUUCUGUCCAGCCUGACUGGACAGUAUAGUUUACUGAGUUUAGGCGACAGAAUUCUAAGCAUGCUAGCUCAAGCCAAACUAAAAAGCAUUUUAAGUUUUUUCUGGUGUGAUUUUCUUGAACAUAAUAAAAGAAUGUGAAAAAAGUA